AUGUCAGAAGAAGCAUCGGCACCGGUGGCGGGACCACCCAACGUCAAUGCUUCCAUAUCGGAGCCCACAUCAAUAUCAGAAGAAGCUCCCACUCUAAGCUACGAGGAACUUCUCGCCUGUCUUCCGCCGACACUGGAUCGAUCGGAUCACGAAGCAUGUCUGAAGUUUUGCCAAGAGCCUACCACGACGGAAGACCAAAUCUGGGCUGUCGUCAGUCUGUUGGCCAAGUACAUGACAGAAGGGAUGAAAGAGAACUCCAAGAUGUUGAGGAGAGCUGCCUACAAUGUCAGGAGAAUUGGCAACAUGCAAGUCAACAUGCAACUCUCGGGUAACGAUUACCCAUUACCUAUCUAUGAAGACAUCAAUGGGAAAAAUCACCCGGAUGGGAUUGCCAAAACGUUCGAUCAGAUCUGCGACCUUCCUCCACCAAUCCUUGACAAAUGGUGUAAAUUCGUUAAUAAAGAAUUAUAUGAGAAAGAGAAAGACCAAGAUCAUUUUUACCGAGCUAAAUCUCUGCAUGCGAGAUUGGGAGGUGCGAGAAAUGCCAGCGUUGAUGCAAGGGAGAGGAUCUACGAGAUGAAGAACAGAGAGGGAAGACGUAAGAGGCAUGGAAAUGAGGGAUGUGGGGAUGAGGGUAUGACGAAAAAGAAGAGAAAGACGGAAAAAGGGGCGAUUGAACGUAAUAGUAUGAGGUUACAGUAUCGAUGA